AUGUCGCGGGGAAGUCAUCUUACAAAAGAGGAACAAGCUCAAAUUAGAGCAUUCAAAAUCGCCGGAUGGUCCAAUAGAAUGAUUUCGUCAAAAUUGAAACGAUCUCUCAACUGUAUUAAUCAAUUUGUCAACAAUCCGGAUCACUAUGAGCGAAUGAAAAACACUGGAGCUCCCAAAAAACUCACGGAGAGAGAUAAACGAGGGAUUGUUAGGUUGGCUUCGAACACAAUGAAAUCGUGUAAUGACAUCAAAAACGAGCUGGGUUUGAAUAUCAGUAAGACUACAGUUUGGAGAGCCAUAGACCAAUCCCCAGAAAUCGUUCGAGCCAAAUUGGUGCCAGCUCCGCGUCUCACACUUCGCCACAAAGACAACCGUCUUACUUUCGCAAAAGCCAACAUGGCCACAGAUUGGGAUAAGGUAAGUAAUUUUUCUAAAAACAUCAAAUAUUGAUGUUUUCUUGUUCAGAUAAUUUUUUCUGACGAAAAAAAGUUUAAUCUUGAUGGUCCGGAUGGUUACAACUCAUACUGGCAUGAUAUCAGAAAGGAUCAACUUCGCUUCCCAAAGAGAAAUUUUGGAGGAGGACGGGUUAUGUGUUGGGGCGCAUUUUCUGCAGCUGGAACGUUAAAAAUAGCUUUUGUUUCAUUCAAGAUGGAUUCGUUAGAUUACCAAAAAACCCUCCAUGACUAUCUUUUGCCAUAUUUGAGGCGGUUCCGGACCAGAAAGUUCACUUUUCAACAGGAUAAUGCUGCCAUCCACGUCAGCCAAUCAUCAAAAGAUUGGUUCAAAAGCCACAAAAUCAAAGUUUUGGAUUGGCCAGCGUGUUCUCCUGAUCUUAAUCCGAUGGAAAACGUAUGGGGGAGCUCGUUCGCCGAGUUUAUGCUCAAGGAAAAAAAUAUGAUACUGUGGACCAACUCAAAGAUGCCAUCGAGACGGAAUGGAAUAAAAUCGAUAAGAACUACCUCAAGAGACUUGUUGACUCGAUGCCAAAUCGUCUCUAUGAUGUCAUUUCUAAACAUGGAGGUCCAACUAAGUAUUGAUUUUCGAUUAUAUGUCUCCAAUGGGAAUUCUGGAUUAGGUGAACCUAUCGUUUUGAAACGCUAAAUUUUUGAAAUUUUUGAACUCCGGUCAUUUAUUUUUUUAUUAUUUGGUAGUUUCAGAUAAAAUUGAGUUUUCUUAGCUAAUUUUGUGUGCUCUUUUUUAUUUUUAACUCGGAUUGUUAUUACAACUCACACCUCGGCUGAUUUCAGAAAUUUUGGGGGUGAACCUAUCAUUAUGAAACGCACUGUAUAUCAGAAGAGGAGAACUUCGAAGAACUUUGUCAUAUUUUUCGAUAACCGAAUUAUUAUCUUUAUCUAAUUCGUUUUUGAUGGAAAAUAUGAAAAUGACAAUAGAGCAGGUUUGUUUGUUUUUUUUCUGCAAAAAGUGAACAUUUUACAGAUUCUGAUUGAUCAAUCAAAAACUUCAGCGGAUAAUCUUCUACAAGCAUUAAUUGUGUGUGAUUCGAUUUCAAUUUCAAAUGAAACAGAACAUCAAAUUCAACUCGAAGCUAUUCUUUCAAUUGAAAAAUUAGCCGAAUUAUCGGAUUUCCAUCGACUUCCAUUUUAUCAAUUGAUUCAAAUUCUGUCAAGUUGCGAUUUUUUCGCGCAGGAAAUGUUUAUUGCGGAUAUCAUUUUAUUAUGGCUGAAAAACAAAAAUAAUCCGAAUAUCUAUACAGAUGCUUUAUUUCUUUGUCUUCGCACGAAAUUCUUGAGUCCUGCUGACAAAGAUCUGAUAAUUGAACGAAUUAAAUUGUUGAAAUUGCCUCAAAAAGUUAUUGGAAUUGUUCGAAAAACAUUGGAUUCGAUGAAUAAUCAAAGACAAUGUACAGAUCCAUUUCAUAUUUCGAAUGAAAAAUAUAUUCGAUGUCAAUCUAAAAAUGCAACGAAAUUUGGAUAUCAUUCAGCACUUCCAUUAAGUCGACCUGUUAUUCCAAAAAUUCCAAUAAAAGUGAAAAAUAAAAAAAUGAAGAAGAAAAAGAAACAGAAAAUACCACCGGUUUUCAAUGUAGGUUUUUUUGUAAAACAAAUCUUUGCUGAUUUUGAAAUCAUUUAUUUGCAGCCUGACGAAAAUCCAACGGUUAUUGAUUUGAUUCAAAAUAAACGAUCAUUUAAAGUGGAGAAAAGAAAACGAAGGUGUGCUUGUGUGGAUUUUAUUAGGAAUAAAUUUGAGAAGAACAAUCAAAAUCAAGAGGUUAGUCCUACUGAUAUUGAAACAUCAUCAACUGGGUCUGAGAGUACAGUAUCAACAAAAAGUUGUGUAAAGGUUUGA